AGGAGGUUGGAUUUCCUCCUCUCCUCAACAUCUUCCUACUCCUCCUAGGGAUGUAUCAGCGUGCGGUGCACCUGUUUUAUCCACUAUCUGGGUCAUCAUCCAUCGCUGAAAUGCUGUGUUUUGGUCAUCAAUAGCUGUAAGAAAAGAUUUAAACGACCUAUUCGGUGGUGUCAGAAAGGCCUCGACUCUUGUCAUUUAGGCAGAGGAUGUGUUGAUUUUCUUGUUGUUCGGGGUGCAGCAGUGAGACAGCAUCUUUGCCGGGUGACACAUCAUUAUCAGCACGAGUGGACAAGCCCUGUAGGACAUCAUGUCGGAUAAAAGUGACCUAAAAGCAGAGCUGGAGCGCAAGAAGCAGCGCCUCGCCCAAAUCAGGCAGGAAAAAAAGAUAAAGGAGGAGGAGAGGAAGAAGAAAGAGGUAAGGAAAAAAUCAGAGAUCCAGCAGAAGAGAGAGUCCAUCCCAGAGGAUUCAGACCUGGACCGUAAGCGCCGCGAGACUGAGGCCCUGCUCCAGAGUAUCGGCAUCUCACCUGAGCCUUCACUAGUCCCGACCCCUCUGUCCCCCUCCAAAUCACUGAGCACCCCCAGUGAGACGGGAAGCCAGGAUUCAACUGAUGGAGGAGCAGUGGGCAGCUUUUACAAAUUGGAUUUUACAAAACGGUCAGGUUUCUCUAAAAACAAGUCCCAAGCACAGACUUCAAGGACGCUGCAGUGGGACACAGACCCGUCUGUGCUGCAGCUGCAGGCUGAUUCUGAGCUCGGGCGCAGGAUGCAGAGACUGGGAGCCUCUAAGAUCACACAGGUAGACUUCCUUCCCAAAGAGAUGGUCGCUUACUGCAAGGAGACACAAACGCCUCUCAACUCCCACCUGUCUGAAGUAGAGGAGGAAGAGGAAGAUGAGGAGAUGAUGGAGGCGAAGCCAGGCCCUGAGUCGGAGCAACAGGAUGAAGAUGACAACAGAGAAAACAAAGAAGGCUCCUUUCCAGUUCUGAGAGAGCUGACGGAGGAGGAGAGGCAGCAGAUCCUGCACUCUUCAGACUUUCAGAGUUUCUUCGACUGCAGCAUCCGGGUGAUGGAGAGAGCUCUGGCCGAAGACGGAAACAUCUUCUUCGACUACAGCGGCCUGGACCUGGAGGAGAAGGAGGGAGACUUGGGUAGCGGCUCCAGUCUGUCCUUCAGCCGAGUUUUCUACGAUGAACACUGGUCCAAACAUCGCGUGAUCACCUGCCUCGACUGGUCCCCUCAGUAUCCAGAGCUGCUGGUCGCCUCUUACAACAAUAAUGAGGAUGCUCCUCAUGAACCGGAUGGUGUUGCUUUAGUAUGGAACAUGAAAUUUAAGAAGGCCACACCUGAGUACAUCUAUCACUGUCAGUCUCCUGUAGUAUCUGUGGGCUUUGCCAAGUUUCAUCCCAACCUGGUGGUGGGGGGGACUUACUCGGGACAGAUCGUCCUGUGGGACAACCGCAGUCACCGCCGGACCCCCGUCCAGAGGACCCCUCUGUCUGCUGCUGCUCACACUCACCCAGUGUACUGCGUGAACGUGGUCGGUACCCAAAAUGCCAACAACCUGAUCACUGUGUCUACAGACGGCAGGAUGUGCUCCUGGAGUCUGGAUAUGCUCUCCCAGCCACAGGAGACCAUGGAACUGGUGUACAAUAAAUCCAAACCUGUGGCGGUGACAGGCAUGGCGUUCCCCACGGGAGACGUUAACAACUAUGUGGUCGGGAGUGAGGAGGGCACUGUGUACACUGCAUCCAGGCAUGGCAGCAAAGCGGGGAUCUGUGAGAUGUUCGAGGGCCACCAGGGGCCGGUGACGGGCGUCAGCUGCCACAGCGCAGUGGGCACCGUCGACUUCUCACAUCUCUUCAUCACAUCCUCCUUCGACUGGACCGUCAAACUCUGGAGCACCAAGCACAACAAGCCUUUGUACUCGUUUGAGGACAACGCCGACUAUGUGUACGACGUCAUGUGGUCGCCCGUGCACCCCGCCGUGUUCGCCGCCGUGGAUGGCAUGGGCCGCUUGGACCUGUGGAACCUCAACAACGACACUGAGGUCCCCACUGCCAGUGUGACCAUUGAGGGCGCUUCAGCCCUGAACAGAGUGCGCUGGUCGUCGGGGGGGAAGGAGGUGGCUGUGGGCGACUCAGAGGGCAGGGUCUGGAUCUAUGAUACUGGCGAGCUGUCAGUGACUCACACCGAUGAUUGGUCGCGCUUCGCUCGGACGCUGAUGGAGAUCCGUGCCAACCGGGCGGACGGCGAGGAGGAGGGGCCUAUGGAGCUGGAUUCAUAGAGCAGGCCUCCAGACCAAUGAGGGUGGAUCAGAGAGCAGAGGGAGCACUACGGAGCCAGAUGAUUGGGUUAGAGAGGUGUGUGCGGCCUUAAGCCAGAGUCACAAAGGUGGCUCCCAUUUAACCUGGCUAAGCUCGCCAUGGUAUUUUAACCUCUUCCAGAGCAGGUUGUGCUUUGGAUGGAAAUCCAUCAUAAAAAGCACCACCAUUUCCCUUAUCAACUGCUUAUAAAAUAGCCGUACCAUUCCUGCCAAAUUCUGUAAACCUAGGUGCCAGAAUUUGGAGGGAUUGUUUUUAGACGUGCUGGCCUUUCCUACAGAUAUUCUCUAUGAGCGAUAUAUAGAAUCUCAGCAAGGGAAUACAUUAUAAAUGUAAAUGUGUUGGGCCGUCUAUAGGAACGCCACUGAACUGAGCUUAGGAAUUAGCGUGGAAGCUACAUGUAUUGUUGGUAUACACAGUUAGUGAUGCGGAAAAUCGGAGCUACAAUACUGUGUAAGAAAUUCUGCUUGGUUGUAGUGAUCUCUGGAAAACUUAAAUAAGCCUCCUUUAAAGCUGCAGGUAGCAUACAUUUUGAUUUAACUUAAAUAUGAAUCAAUAUGAUGUUUACUUGCAUAUGAAUGCAGUAUAAUUCUUCAUAGAAUACCUAUGUGUGGUAAAUUACACCAGUCACUCAAGCUUUAGGGUAACAGCAUCAACAGUGUGGUCUGCUAAAGCUGCCCCCUAAAGUCUACUUUCAGAAAUGGUUUAGUUUAUUAGUAGUUAUCAGAGUUAACUUUCAAUCAAUAAAAGUCAUUCAAAUUGGACAAAAACUUCCAAAUAUUAUACUUAAGUAUAAGGUCAGUUGCAUCCCGUUUUAUAGCGUGUUCAGUUGUCACCAUUUGCAUUAAGAGUGCAAUGACAAUGAGUGGUACAAAUUAAUAUAUUAACUUACAAAUUCACACAAUUAGGGUAUUCUGCCAUCAUUGCGCUUUUGCCUUAUUUGCAGAUUAUGAGCAAAUCUUCUCCCUAACUCAGAGAACUGCUCCUCUUCUCAGAAGCAGGCAGCAGGAGAUGAUCCCCUCUGUGUGGAUAUAGGACUCAAAUGAAGCACUAAACAUCCGGCUGUAUAGGAACGCUCACAGAACCUGAUGAAGAAAACCUGGGUUAACAAAGACUGUUGAUAACCAUCUUUUCUGACUAGGGUUUUGUUGAGCCAGCUAACGUAAAGAAAGCCUGGUUCUCUCAAAGGUACUUCGUAGUGCCGCCUCUGUGAGCUUUAUCGGUGUCACUGUAGCAUGUGGUGUGUCUCAAUCAGUUGUUUUAUUUACAGUAUGUACAUGUUGCUGUUUGGUCCGAACAAGGCCGCUGUUUCCUUCAUGGAUUUCUUGCAUUUGAAAUGGUUUAACUGUUGACCUCUUCUACUUGUCCGCCCUUAUUUAUUUCCUUACUGACUUAAGGUGAUUUGUUGCUUGCACCCUGUGAGCCUACAGUAUAAACAUUGGCAGUCUUAUAGCCUUAAGAUAAGUGUACUGUGACAAAGCUUUGCACUACUGUAAAAUCAAAGCAGGGUCCAUAGACUAGUCAUGUAUUGUUUACAAAAUAUCACGUUUACUUUAUGUUGUGUUGAUUUCUCUGUAUAACGCAUGCAUGCGACACAUUCCUGAAAUAUUCCGGAAAGCAUAAACAUGGAGUUGUCAUGGUGACGUUUCCACAUGUGGUUGCUUUGCGUCAGAAACUGAGUCACGUCUGGUAUCGGCACUUUGUUCCCGAGCAACAGCUGUAUAUUCUUUAAUGAACUGUUCAUUAUCAAGAGGUAUAUUGUAAUGCAGUGUGCUGGCUGUUAAAACAUGUUAUGUUUACUAUUAAAGCUGAUGUACUGUUG